AUGAAUCCACGCAUUAUAGAAAAAACAACAAUUAUCAAUGAUCCACUAUCAGCAACUACACAAUCAUCUAAACCAUUCAUUGUACGUAUACCACAUAUUCAAACAAAAUCUCCAUUACAUCCUGAAAGUGGAAAAGUUGUUAUUGUUAAAACAACUCCAACAUUAAAUCAAUCAACAACAUUAACAUCAACACUACCACAACAACAACAACCUACAAAAUCUUUUUCCGUUGUUAAAUUAGCUGAUGGACAAAUUCUUCUUGUACCAACAAAUAUUCAACCACAACAACAAUUAAUUGUUAAUGAAAAUGGUAUAUCAAGAAUAAUAAAAGCAUCAUCAACAAGUCCACCAAAUCCAACUGGUACUAUUUCAACAAUAAAACGAAUAACUAAAGAACAAAAUACAUCACGUGUUAGUACAAUACAAAUAACGAAUUUAACAUCUCCAUCAACAAAUAUUAAAUGUUCACAACAACAACAGCAAUCAAUAUCACCACAAGAACGUCGUUUACGUCCGAUAGCACCUGCGCCAACAUCUUUAUCUUCAACAACCAAUGAUUUAUUAAAUUCAAUUUUAGCUCAACAACAACAACAAUUAAAUGCAUCAUCACCUGAAAUGUUAUUACGAUUUGAUCCAACUGCUAGUGUUUUAUUAGCAGGUGAAGAUGAUUCAUUACCAAUUAUAUCCGAAACAGUCACACUUGAUAGUAAUGGUUCGUCAUUAAAAAUAAAUAAUAAUAAUAAUAAUAAUAAACGUAAAAUUGAGUCAUCAUUACCUAUUGAACGACAAACAUCUUUACCUGUUGUAUCAUCUCCAACAAUACAACAAAAACCGAAACAUGUACGUAAAACAAUAACAAAUGAUGAAAAACCAACAACAAAAGCUCGAUUAGAAAAUAAAGCAACAUCAAUUAUAAAAGAUUCAGGUAAAAAAAUGACACCAAGACAAGUUUCAAUACCUCAAACAUCAACAAUUGAAACAAAAACUCAAAAAACACCAAUUAAACGACUAGCAACCACAACUUUACCACCUAAAAUUGAUCCUGAAGAAGGCAUUAGAAUGAAAAUUUGUGAAACAAUUCUUCGAUCACUUAUUGGUCGAAUUGAACGUGAACAAAAUCAAGAAUCAAUUAAAACACGUUUAGAAAAACAUAGUACAACAAUACCGAAAUUGGAGCAUCGACAAAUUAUUUUAACACGUUUAUUAAAUGAACGUGUUGAUAUUCUUCGACAAGAAUUUAUUAAAAAUCGUUCCGAACGUAAAACAGCUUUAGUUAAAGAACAAUUUCAAAUACAACGUCUUAAACAACAACAACAAAUUAUACUUAAACAACAACAACAAGCAACUAAUAUUAAACAAGAUCAAUUUAUAUCCGAUGAUGAUAACACUAAUACUACCACUAAUAAUAAAGAUGAUUCGCCGCCAGCUAAAAAAACAAAAAAAAUCUAUGGAAAUGAAACUAAACAUAAACGACAAGCAACACCAAAAUCAUCUGAACAAAAUAUCAAAAGUACAACAUCAAAACGAACACGUCCAAUGGCAUCAACUAAACUUACAGAUGAUGAUCAAUCACCACCAUCGAAAAAAGUACGUCGUCCACGUAGUAAUAAUGUUCAUGAUUUAUCUGAUAAUGAUGAAAAUUUUCUAACCAAUCGUAAAUCAUCAUCAACAAUAUCAAAAAUAAAACCUAAAUUGAUAACAACUAUAAAUGCUUCUAUACAAAGAAAAAGUCAUAAAUUAUCAUCAGAUUUUAAACCGGAAAAUAUCGAUUGUAAUUGUAAACGUAAUAAUGAUAUUCAAGAAAAAUUUUUUAUUCAAUGUGAAUUAUGUUCGCGUUGGUUACAUGGUAAAUGUGUUGGUUUAACACCACGUCUUGCUGAAAAAAUGAAUGAAUUUAUAUGUGAAGAUUGUGCAAUAUUAACACAACGAGCGAAAGAACGUUUAUAUUGUAUAUGUCAAACACCAUAUGAUGAAUCAAAAUUUUAUAUUGGUUGUGAUGUUUGUGCCGAUUGGUUACAUGGUUCAUGUGUUAAUAUAACACCUGAAGAUGCAGAAAAAUUUGAAGUAUAUGUUUGUCCGAGAUGUUCAACAGAAAAAAAACAAGAAUUUUUAAAUAAACCAAUAGUUGGUGAAACGAGAAAAAAAUUAAUAAAUCUUAUUGAUCAACUUUUGGCACAUAAAAUGUCAUGGCCAUUUCAAAAACCGGUUGAUGUUAAAGAUGUACCGAAUUAUUAUAAGAUUAUAAAAGAUCCAAUGGAUUUAACAACAUUAAAAACAAAAGUUCUAAAUAAUAAAUUUCGAACUAUAUGUGAUUUUAUACGUGAUGUUAAUAAAAUCUUUAAUAAUUGUCGACAAUUUAAUCCAAUUGAUUCAGCAUUUUCACAAUGUGCUAAUGUUGUUGAUAAUUGUUUUCGUCAAUUACUUGAAAAUUUAAUGACUAAAGAUCAAAAUUUAUAA